AGAGGAGCGGAGCGGAGAAGUGCCGCGGCUGGUGAGUGAAAAGGCCGGGCGAGGUGAGUGUAGACGAGGGCGGACGCUGGGCUCCAAACAGCACCGUUACGUUUAGCGGUAACUCGGCGACAAAUAGGAUGAUCUCCGAGACUAACUGCGUUACAUAAGAUAAGGGAUGUUCCCGGAAAAUCGGCCACCGACUGGUUGGAGCCACUUAACAAGGGUCGGACCGAUGAACUCUGGACUGGGCUCAAGAACAAGUGUUGAAAAACUACAUACAUACUAACCCUGAUUUCCAACCAAAAGAGAAGAACAGGUUUAAAACAGCUCUUAAAAAGUGCUAGGGAAAUUCUGCAGCAGUUGUUUUUGAAGGACAUCUUCCAUUAAAGUGGUGCCUUCAUGAGCUCUGAAGGUCAAAGUAUUUUGUUCUCGACAACACAUGCCUGCCCGGUAGUUAAGAGGCUUACCUGCAGGUUAGGCAAGUGAUAGAAAAGAGACGGUAAGAAGUCUUUUUCUCAGCGCUAUCUUUGUUUGCACCGGUAUUUGUUUUAAGGAGAGGAAUUCAAAGCCCAGCCAAUGCUCGGGUUGACUGUAGGAUAACCCCUCCCCUCAAGAGAGACGGCAGCGACACAAACGCCUGAAUCACUGAAUUCUGGGUAACAACAUGCCUGCCAAGACACCCAUGUACCUGAAGACCUCCACUCCCAAGAGGGGCAAGAAGCUGAAGCUGCGUGAUGUUCUGUCAAGUGACAUGAUAAGUCCCCCACUGGGGGAUUUUCGCCACAGUGCCCAUGUGGGACCAGAGGGCGAAGGAGAUAUGUUUGGGGAUGUGGGCUUCCUGCAGGGCAAGCUAGACAUGCUGCCAGCACUGAAGCGGCCCCACUCCCGGUCCCACAGCAUAGAGCGAAAGUUGGAUGAGGCUUUUCCUGUAGACGGCAAGACCGUUCACCACCAGUACCAUCACAGGCAUCCUCACUCCAGCGCAACCCUUCUGAAGAGUACCAUUUCCAUGCCAGUUUUUGUGGCUCCUGAGCAGGCUCCGCCCAAGCCCCCACGCUUGCACCUUGAAGACAGCCCUCCACUUUCCCAGCAACAGCCACAACAGCAACAUCAGCCACAGCAGCAACAGCGUUCCAUGUCUGUCUCUGAGGAGAGUGGGCAGCGGGGAGGCUGCCACGAAGAGCCUUGCCGUGACUUCAGCUACUCUAUGUCCAUCCCUGUUUUCAGGCACCUGGUGCCAUCGACUGGUUCCUUCUCGGAGGCCUCUUCUGAGGACUCCAUGCUGGAUGGCUGCUUGCCCCUGGAUCCCCACCGGGGACUCAGCCUGGACUCUGAUGCUGGGCUGAGUAAUGAAGACCUGCACAGUGAGCGUAGCGAGUCACCAGGUGUCUCCAACUCGGAAUCCCUUGUGGGCCUAGAUAUAGAUUUAGGUCCUUCCAUCCUGGAGGAUGUGCUCAGAAUCAUGGACCGUUACAAAACUCCAGAGGAGGGCUGUGAACUGUGAGAUGGUGGGGAGAAUAGCGUAGGCUGCAGUGAUGAGUCAAUGUUUGCCACCGUAUUUAUUUAAACUGAAUUAGUGUACAAAAUUUAAAAACUACAGAUUUAUUUUUGGAACAGUCCUUAUAUCAGUUCUUAGUUUUCCAGAUCUUUAUUUUUUUAGUCAAGACAUAUACUGAAAAUGUAACUACUUCUUGAUCUAUUCUCAAGCAUUGUAACAUUCCAGUGAUGUAAAGCACCAUGAUUUCAACUAACUUAAGUUCAACAUGAUGGCACAAAGGUUUUCCAAGUGGACCCUAAGACUGUACUGUUUUUUUUUUUUUCUUAAAGCAAACUUGUAAGAAUAUGGACCACUUCUAAUUAAAACAGAAACGCUGUAAAUAUUGUAUGUAACUGCUAUUGUAGAUUUGUAUCAUUAAUUACUACAGAAAAAAACAAUAAUCAGAUACUUAUUUACAGUACCAUAACAGGCUUGCCAUGUAGUGGUUAAAGGGUAUGAUAAAGUAUUGAGUGCAAGUUACCAUAUGAACAAGACUGAAUAAGUAGUAAAACUGAUAUACAAUAACACCAGAUAAGCUGUUUUUUGCAUUUGCUUAUAUAUUUAUAUCUGAGGAGUAGUAAACCUUUUCAAAACUUCACAACACUCUUAAUUUUUAUAUGGUAUAAAAUUUAUUAAUGUUUAAAUUGCUGCUGAUUCCAAAAUGCCAAAAGUUGGCAGCAAAUAAGGACAGAAAAUAUUUGUUGAUUGAUGACAUUAACAUUUGGACCUAAAACAAUAGUGGAACAAAGCAAGAAAUGCUAGAAGAUCUGCUUAGAGCUCGUGCUUUUUCUCAAAGUCUAGCAUAAAAUCAGUAAUUUGGCUUUAUUUCCGUAUUGUUACAUAAAAUAUUUAAUUUGUACAACAGAAAGCAAAACCAUUUCUAAUGGUCAGAUGAUGAAGAUUGCUCGCCAGAAUUGUCUCGUCUCGUCUCUUCUGUUUUCUAAACUUGAAUGACAAAUAUUCACAUCGGAAGGAAAUGAAUCACUUCAAGGUAUUCUUCACUGACAUGGUAUGUAUUGUAUGGCUGAUAAAAGACUACUAUUUAUGGUCCUAUUUUUACAUUUAGCAACAUACGCCUGAGAAAAUAAUGUAAUAAUGCAGUACACAAACAAUUAGCAAUUUUUGAGAAAAAGUGUCUGUAGUAAACAGGAAUGAUCCACUUUUGCUGUAU